UUAUUUAACUCCCGUCGGGAGCCUCUGACAGGCUGAUUAGCAACGUGACGUCACAAUGUAAAUGUUACUAAGGAAGUCGAGGUUUAAAGCGAGAGCAAAACGAGACGGACUGAAAACAUUCAAGAGCCUUAUCAACACAUGAUGGAUACAGCAUACUUAAAGCAGAACCUUGGCACAUGCCUAACACAAUGCUUGGCAGAAAUUUCAGAGAAGCGUCCCAGGGACCCCAUAGAAUACAUGGCCCAGUGGUUGUAUAAAUACAAGGAAAAUGUCAUGUUUAUAAACAGGAAAGAAGAGGAACAAAAUCAGUUAGUAAAAGAAAAAGAAGAAUUUGCAAUAGAGCAAGAAUUGUUUGAAAAAAGAAAGGAGGAAGCUGAUCAGAUAAAAAAAGAGGAUGAGGAAAAAAGGAAGGCUGAGGAGGAGAGGGCAGCCAAAGAAAGCUCAUCCCCCACCAAGCUUCCCCCAGUGAUAGAGGCCCAGGAACCUCCAGAGGAGGAAGCUAAAAAAGCUGCUACUGAGGCCCCAGCAGAGGAGGCUCCUGCAGCUCAGGAAGCACCCGCCCAGGAAGCACCUCCACAGGAAGAAGAAAAACCGUCAGACACCUCAGAAGAAAAGAAGGAUGAAGAGUCAAAAGAGGAGACAAGUGAUCCAGCCCCUACAGAAGAGGAAACGUAGCCAGCAUCCAAUCAUUGACCUUGUAACAACUGUUCAGGGUGUUGUAAAAAUUCCUCUGAUCACGAAAAUAGCAUUGUGCCAGAUGCCAGAUGAAACACUAUGUAACUUGCCUUUGAUGCAUUGUGAUAUCAUGAGUGCCUGCCUGUCUGUCUGUCUGUCUGUAUGUGUGUUUGGAAUGAGUGUCUGAUAAACCAUUCAAUCAUUUGAAGAAGAAAAUAAUAAAGUAAUCUGAAAUCAUUACUGCAGAUUUGCCUGACUUUACGAACUUUUUUUUUUAUGUGCUUUAUUUAUUACUGUGUGUAAAAUAUACUCAGCAUUAAACAAUUUUUUGAUGGCAUACUC